GGGAGGGUAGCGCGUGCCCGUCCUUCCCCAACAUUCACCUUCCCUUUCUGAAAGCGAAAACUGCGUCACCUGUGAUCGGACCCUCCGUUCAUUGGACCCACCUGAGAAUCUCAAACCACCUUGAGGCGGGCAGGGAAGCGGUGGGGAGAGUCUCGUCAGCGUCAGCCCUGCGAGGAAGACCGUCGGAGGGAGCGAUGAGGCCGGCCAAGUUCUCGGUGGGGCCCGUCCUGUGGCUGGCCGGCUGGUGGUGCCUGCUGGUGGCAGGUGAGCCCUCAGGGCAGAAGGAGCCCUACUCCCCACAAUCGGGCGCUGAGAAUUGGCCCCACGCCAACAAGUCAGCCCCGCUGGUGCCCUCGUUCACCAAAGCCCCCACCACCCCUCCCCAAAAGCACACCACGACCCACCACCACCACCGGCACACGACGACCACGCGGCACACGACGACCACGCCCCCGGCCAACCACACGACCCACCACCACAGCACCACACCUCUGCCCACCACCCACACCACUGCCCACCACACCAGAGGACCUUCAGCGCCAACAACGCCUCCCUCCGGGAGUUCGCGGCCCCCUUGGGCAAAUCCUACCAGUGCCGCAACCGCAGCCUGGCCCUGAGUGAGAACUUCCACCUGACGGCCCUGAGCGAGCGCAUCCAGGCCUUUCAGCUGCGAGACGGGAAGUUCGGGGAAGCCGAGGUGUGUCCCGAGCAGAAACGCUCCGUCGUCCUGCCCAUCGUGCUGGGCGUGGUUCUCGGUCUCCUCGUCGUCAUCGUCCUGGUGGCAUUCGUGGUGGGACGUUGCCGUGCCCGGACAGGAUACGAGUCCCUCUGAGAGCCCCUGGCGACACCCCCCCCCUCCACCUUCCGUCAGCUGCAGCUGGACCAGCCGACGGAGACCUGGAUUCGAAUCCUUUACCAAAAGCCACUGGCGGACAGAAAUGACGGGAGAGAGAGAAAAUGCCGGCCGCUAAUUCCGCUACCAUUUGAGGACUGCACUUUUAGGGGAUUUUAGCCUUUUUUUAAUAAAACGGUGUUGCUUAUGGUGGGGGGGGAGGGAAGAGGCGGGAUGUUAAAUAAGCACGGAGAGCCAUACAGGUAGUCCUUGACUUACAACCGUUCGCUUAGCGACCAAAUGACAACAGCACUUAAAAAGGAAGCGAUUUAUAACUGGUUUCCCCGUCGCCGCAUUCCCCGGGCGUCACGCGGUUGAAAUUCAGACCCUGGUCGCCAACGGACUCAUAGUUACGACAGUGGCUGUGCCCCCAAUUGUGACGCGGUCCCCCUUCUCGUCAGGUCAUAAACAUGAGGCGAAAUUCGCUGAACCGCCUCACUUAGCAAUGGAAAUUUUGAGAGACUGUGAGAAGGGGAGGCGGAUAAAUUGGAUGAUGAUGAUGAUAAAAUAAUAAUAAAAGGGGAAUGAGACAUUGGAACGGAAUUGCACACCAUGUUCGCGAGGGGGGCUGCCUGUCAGGCCUUUACUUAGACGCUUUCAAACUCGAUGUAAAGCCGGUGCAGUUUACUCCAGAGCAAAGAGGAAGGAACUUGGUGGUUGGGAGGGAGGGUUUGCCUGGAAUAAAACCUGCGUUUUCCCA